AGAGUCUGUAAUCGGCAUCCCUCAGAGGGGACAUGUACACUGAUCAUCAGGGCACUGAUGAUCAGUCAGUGCCACCUGUCAGUGUCCAUCAGUGCCAGCUGUCAGUGCUCAUCCAUGCCACCUGCCAGUGCCCAUCAGUGCCAAAUCAAUGCCACAUUUCAGUGCCUACCAGUGCACAUCAAUGCCACAUAUCAGUGCCCAUCUGAGCUGCCUUUCAGUGUUACCCAUCAGUGCCAGUCAGUGCCACCUAACAAUGCCAGUCAGUGCCAUCUAUCAGUG